GGAGGAGUCUUCCUUUUGAGGCUUUGACCCUAAAAUAAAUUCUAAUUUUCCAUACUUUUGCCAUCUUCCAAGGCUCUCCUCUCACCCAUUUGUGGGUUUUGUUCUUCAUUUCUGCAAUAACAAUCAGCCCUUUAAGUGUCAUCAUCAAUCGAGGCCUAUAUUUCUUCAUCCCCUUUAAUGGUUUAGGUUUGCUUUUUCAGUCUCUCACUCCCUUCUUGAACGGACUCUUGUGCUUGGUUGGUUGUGCUGCUGAGGGGAUGGGCCCUAAACUCCACUGAGGUUUAAUGGCGACAUGGGUCUCUUUCUCCUCCUUCACUGCUCUCUUUGCUCCCGUUUUCAGCUGUCUCGCAUUUAAUUUUUCCUCUGACUGUUUUUUUUUUGAGCUAGAUAACAAUUGGGUUUUCUGAUUUCUUGUCUUUAGACCUUGUUGGACGAGCUUUACACGAGCUUUUUCUGAGCGGAUCUCUGAUUUCUGAAAUGGGUCUUUGAGAUAAUGCUCAAAUCAUGCUGCCUCUUUAUCUUCGACUUUAAUUUCCUGAGUUUCCGAUGCCCUUUUUGUCUCCAUUUUUUCUCUCUCUUUUCUUUUUCGCCUUCGUAAUUCCUAAGAUGAUUUGUAGAGGUGGAUUGAGGAAGUGACAGGUCAUCUCUAGAAUUCAAUGACUGAUUCUAUUUAAAGAAGAUUUUUGUUUCCUGAAACCUGAAUCGUGGACUUCCCAGAAGACGGAAUACUCGACCUGCUGUGAUUAACUUGUAUCAGCAUGCCUUUCUUGUUCUUAUAUGGUUCUUGUAGUAUUAGAUAAAUGUGAGGUUGACAUUUCAUCUGGUGCUGCAAUUCCCUCAAGGAAAGAAAUGGAAAGAAUGAUCCAACCUCCUCUGGUUGACACAACAGCUUGUUUAUGUAGAGUAGAUGCAGGCCUCAAGACAGUAGCUGGAGCUAAAAAGUUUGUCCCUGGUUCAAAGCUUUGUCUACAACCUAGCAUCAAACCAUCUAUACACCCAACUAGGCCUAAGCCGACUCGCAGUGACAGAAGCAGGAACCAAUCUCCUCUGCUUCCUGGACUACCUGAUGAUCUUGCAAUAGCUUGCCUUAUUCGUGUUCCGAGGGUUGAACACCGUAAACUCCGGUUAGUUUGCAAAAGGUGGUAUCGUCUUUUGGCUGGCAACUUCUUUUACUCUCUCCGUAAGAGUCUAGGAGUUGCAGAAGAAUGGAUAUACGUCGUUAAGAAAGACCGAGAUAAUAAGAUCUCGUGGCAUGCGUUUGACCCUAUAUACCAGCUUUGGCAGCCUCUUCCUCCUGUCCCUAGAGAAUAUUCUGAAGCUCUUGGGUUUGGCUGUGCUGUUCUUAGUGGUUGCCACCUCUAUUUGUUUGGUGGAAAGGAUCCAAUAAAAGGAGCGAUGAGACGAGUCAUUUUUUACAGUGCCAGGACGAAUAAAUGGCACCGAGCCCCGGACAUGCUUCGGAGACGAUAUGUCUUUGGCUCGUGUGUGAUAAACAACUGUUUGUAUGUUGCAGGUGGGGAAAAUGAAGGUGGCCAUCGGUCCUUGAGAUCUGCGGAAGUCUAUGACCCAAAUAAGAAUAGAUGGACCUUCAUCUCUGAUAUGAGCACUCCCAUGGUACCCGUGAUUGGAGUUGUUUAUGAGGGUAAAUGGUAUUUGAAGGGGUAUGGAGCUCAACGUCAGGUUCUAAGCGACGUCUACCAGCCUGAAACCGACACGUGGUGCCCUGUUUAUGAUGGAAUGGUUCCAGGUUGGAGCAACCCAAGUGUCUCCUUAAAUGGACAUCUUUAUGCUGUUGACUGCAGGGAUGGCUGCAAACUUCGAGUCUACGACGAAGCAUCCAACUCGUGGAACAAGAGCAUCGAUAGCAAGCUGCAUCUGGGGAAUUCUCAAGCGUUGGAGGCGGUUGCUCUCGUUCCACUCAACGGAAAACUGUGCAUCGUUCGCAAUAACAUGAGCAUUUCUCUUGUUGAUGUUUUGAAGUGUGAAGAUGCCAGUGGUGCUUCUGGUGAACAUCUCUGGGAGACCUUAGCCGGAAAAGGUCACCUCAAAACCUUGGUCACAAAUCUCUGGUCGAGUCUUUCGGGUCGAAGUCGUCUGAAGAGCCAUAUCGUUCACUGCCAGGUACUCCAAGCAUGAAUUUUUUUGAUAAAUUCUAGUUUUGCUUCUCCUCUAUACAUAUCUUAAAAUCAUGCUUAGAUGUCAAACAUGAGGGAAUUAAAUCAAUACUACUCCAAAUAGUUUUGUCAAUUAUAUCCUCCCUGUCGUCUGUCGUGUUCUUGUUCUUUUUAUUGGUGAGAAAGAAGGGAAACAAAAUUGUCCAUUCACCAUAAAAUUAUUUGAAGUAGUAUUGAACUGUGAUAGAACUUGAAAUAUUUCUGCAAUAUACUGUAAGGUGAUUCAGAUGAAUGAGCCUCUCUUGAUAAUAUAGGUACAUAACAAACAUGAUCAUGUGUAUUCCAGAUGUCCAAUUUCUCUGGAGACUCUGAUAGACUGUUGUUACAUAAAUUUUGUAUGAUACACAAUCAUUGAGUUUCUUACAUUAUUGGUCGAGUGAA